UCUAGCCUCUACUCUCUAGUCUCCAAACUCCAAAGUCUCCAACUUUUCAUUCUUUUUAGUGGACCCAUCUCCUCCAAGUUUCAACUUCCAUGAAAUAGGCAAAGAACUUCCAUCAAUAAUCAAUUCCAUGUACGAAUCAAGAACAACAGAAAUAAUUAACCCAAAAGAUGGAAACCCCACCAUCAGAAAGGCAAGAUUUCUCAAACCCAAUGCAAGAAAUAUCAAUAAUAUGUCCGAAUUUCCCAAAACCACUUUAAUUUCUGACAUUUUCACCCAUCGAAACCUUCAAAAAUGGCCUUUAAAUGUGCACUUCACUGGUUGGAAAGAACCCCGGAAAAAUUGGACAAAAUGGUUCAAUUCUUUAGUAACAAAUCAUGCUACAACUUGGUAUCAUUCUGGUAUUAUUGAUGGAAUUCAGGCUUCUUGUCAUAAAAUCCCCUGUAACAAAGAUUUAAUUCUUGGUGUUUGUGAAUUUUGGUGUCCAAAGACUAAUUCUUUCAUAUUUCCAUGGGGUGAAGCCACAAUUACCCUUGAAGAUGUCAUGAUUCUUGGUGGUUUACCUGUAAUUGGUGAGUGUUUAAACAAACCCAUUGAAGAAAAUUCUGUGAAAAUUCAUGGUGGUUUAAGAAGGGCAAUAUGGGAAAUUUCUGAAAAGAGUGGAGGAGAGAGAGAGGUUACUCAUUCAGCUUGGAUUAAACAUUUCAUGGAAGAAGAAGAAGAAGGUGAAAUUGAACAUGAAGAAGGUGAGUUUGAACAUGUUGCUUUUCUUUCUUUAUGGCUUUCAAGGUUUGUUUUACCUGAUCAAUUUGAGAGUGUAAUUGGUAGUUAUGUAUUUUCUAUUGCAAUUCAUUUAUCUCAAGGCACUCCAAUUGCUCUUGCUCCUGUUGUUCUUGCAAAAUUAUAUAAUGAAUUGACAUUAUUGACUAAUAAUGUUAUUGAUCUUCCUUUGGAUUCAAAGUGUAAUGUUGUUGGUUUGUUUAAGAUUGUUCAACUUUGGGUAGUUGAGAGAUUUCCUGAAUUUGGAGCAAGUUUGGCAAAACCUUUAGGAUCAGGGGAUCCUAGGGUUGCUAGGUGGGACAAUGUAGAAUUUGAGGUUACUCUUGAACAUGUAAGGGAAAGACUUAAGGUGGGUAAGGGUUUUCGAUGGCGGCCGUAUGCUAGUGAUUUGGAGAACUGGGAUCAUCUUCCAUUUUAUCAAGAAACAGAACAGUUGAUCUCUAAUUGUGCAGUUUUGGAUGAUUGUAAGUUGUCGUUUGCUCGGUUUUUGUAUCCGUGUAGGAUAGAUGGACUUGGAAACAGUUGUAAGGAGAAGUAUCAACCACAUAGGGUAGCUAUGCAAUUUGGGUAUGAUCAAGACAUUCCAGGGGAAUUUAGAGUUUCUGCUGCUGAGUGGGAUAAAAUGGGUUUGUAUAUACCAUCUAGAACUUUUGAACCCGGGGUGUCUAGAAGUUACUAUAAUUGGUGGAAAGACUUCAUUUUCCGUCAUGAAGAAGCAGUUCGUGAUUUCUUAAAGACGAAGAGGGGAAAAGGCAGCAGUAAAAGAUCGGUUGGGGGACAGGAAAGUGGGAAAUGUAGACCUGGUAUGGAAGGCAAGAGUUCAUGUGCUUCUCCUCAGCUUAUGCUUGACAGUUGUGAAAACAAGGGUGAUAAAGAUGAUAAUGGUUCAAGGGAUUUUGAUCAUCUUCCAUUAGCUUUGAGAUCAUGCUCUAAUGCAAUGCUUAAGAAAGUUGCUCCGAGAAAUGAAACAAUAAGAGGACAGACAUCAGCUGCUAUAAAGUCUCCUCGAAUUAAGAUUAAAGGAUCUUCUGACCCAAAUGGUGGAAAAGGGAUUCCAAUGGCUAAAAAACAUGUGGUAUUUGAUUCUCUUGACAUAGAUCAUGUACCGUUAGCUUUGAGACUUCAAUCAAUUGCUAGGAGUGGGGGAACCCUUAAGCGAAAACGUGUGGCUUCUAAUUCUCUUGACAUAGAUCAUGUGCCGUUAGCUAUGAGACUUCAACCAAUUGCUGGGAGUGGGGGAACUCUUGACCAGAUAGAAAGUUAUGCUUCCACUGGAAAUGAAGGAAAACCACUUCAGGAAAAGAAACAAACUGAAAAAGUUGCUUCCCUAAGAUCAGAUGCUGCUAGUCACAUUACCAGGAAAGGAACUAGCCCGAGAAACACUCCUGAUGUAACUGAUACAGAAGUUGAGGAUAAUGCCAGUGGCAUGUCGAGUGAACUGUUGGCUCGAGUGGCAAAGCUUGAGAAAGAUGUUGCUGCUCUAGCUGCUUUCAAAUUACGCAGUUCAGAGUUUUCUAACUGUGAUUAAAGAUUGAUAUUUGCUCGAUCUUAGGCUGACAGAUGAUUGUUUGUAGUUAUUGUACAACCCAAAAUGUAAGAUAUAUGGAAAUUAUCUUUAGUUUAACACUAAUAUCAAGUGAAAUAGAUUCUUAAAUCAAUACUCCACUUUAGUAAA